CUAAACCUAGCUGUCGUGAAGGUGUGGAAGAACCAUAGACUGUAGGCAAUAACGGUCUGCUUAGCUAUGCUCAUGUUCCAUCUGCGGAACAUACACACAAAAAAACAUGUCAAUGGGUCGCACACACUGAACUGAAAUACUCGCAUAUGAAUGACCACAGUUCCCACAUUUCAUUGUACAGGAAGUUGCGUACGAUAUCCGGCGCUUUUCAAGGGCAUAGAGCGAUUUGGUGCUGUAGUUACAAUCACGUGUGACUUUUAGUUUGAGUGUUUUGCGCUUACAAAAGGCCACUUUGUGUACUAGACCGAAUAAUAUGGAUAACUUUACCUCCGAUUUUUCCUCGACCGGCGGAUCCGGUAAAAUGGACACCGGUACAAUAAUGGAACAGGUGAAAGUACAGAUAGCAGUGGCGAAUGCACAGGAGCUCUUGCAGAGGAUGACCGAUAAAUGUUUCAAGAAGUGCAUUGGCAAACCUGGGGGCACACUGGAUAAUUCUGAACAGAAAUGCAUCGCCAUGUGCAUGGAUCGAUACAUGGACGCGUGGAACACUGUAUCCAGGGCGUACAACUCCCGACUGCAGAGGGAAAGGGCGCGGAUCUGACCAUCGCAUCGACCCUGUCCUGCUACAGUCCUGUUGAAAUCUUAUAGCAAAGACGCUUCACCGAGGGUGCAAAAAUCAAAACAUGGCAGUCCAAGCCUCCAUGCCGACUUCCAAGCAGACCUCCACCAGUGCAUUGCGUCUGCAGCUGUGGACUGUCUCUGCAGACGUUGUCCUCUUUCAUGAGGAUUAUUUUACUCCUUGAUAUAAUUUUCAAUUCUGUUAACGGGACACUAGUUGUAGAUGUGAUUAAUUUGGAGCUUGAACGGACUACACAAUACCUCGUUGUUGUAUUAUGUUAUGAAAUAUUAUGUAAUGCCUCAUUGUCACUACUGUCUGAAUGCCGUGUGCGUCAGUACGUGCUUCAAGUCUCAGGCUGUAUACACCGGCGCUCUUGGGGGUGAAGGGGUGAAAUGGCUUAUCAUACCAUCUUUACUGUAUAAACGGUCUAAUUCAUGGGGAGAUUUCAGCCACAACUUUGUUUUGGUAUGUGUAACAUCAGUGCCCUAUCCUGCAAGCAUUCCUUUAUCAGGAUACUCACCGGGGACAAAACGUUUUUAUUGCGGUCUUUUCUUUCGUUGGUCACGCUGCCCGUCAGCCACAGUGGCGAGUCGGUUUCCCUCGUGUCCUCUGGGGGGUUAGAGUCGUUGGACUUGAACCAACCUGCCUUGUGUGCUUGGCAUAUCGGUGUUCUGGGAAACUCUUCCCUUUAUUCACUCACUUGACUUAUUUGAGGGACCGUUGGAGAUGCUAUCGGUGAGAGAAAGGUGACUGGAGGACGUGGGUUUUGGUGCAAACGUCUUUUUAAUGUAAGCUAAUUAAAGCCAGGUGUAACAUA